AUGAAGGCGUUCUCUCUCUUUCAGUUCGCAUCAGCCGCUGCUGCCCUCAAAGAAUGGGCUCCGGCUGGCCCUUCAGAUUCCCGCAGCCCGUGCCCUGGGCUCAACACAUUGGCAAAUCACGGUUAUCUCCCUCACGAUGGUAAGAAGAUAUCGAUGUCUACGUUCGUCUCGGCCAUUACUGAGGCCUUCAACUUUGACCCAUCCGUCGGCCAGUUCCUCGCCAGCGGUGCCUUCCAGGUGUUCGGCCUCAACCCUGCCAACGACACCCUGGAUCUCGAAACACUCAACACGCCCGGCCGUCUCGAGCACCCUGCUUCUCUGAGCCGUCACGAUCAACCCGGAGGCGACAGCUUACAUGUCGAUCCCGAACGCGUAGACGCGAUGCUUGCAGACAGCCCUCAUCCAUACCUCGAUGUCAUUUCUGCCGGAGUCGGCCGCCGCCGAACCUUCCUGGAAUCCGGACGCCCCAAUCUGACCGAGACGAUCUGGACAAUCAUGUUUGGCGAGAGCUCUCUCACCCUCAUCGCUAUGAACAAUGGAACCUUCCCUGCAGCGGGAGCACCAGCAGAGGAGAUCUAUAACAUCCAGGCACCAAAGGACUGGGUCAAGAUCUGGUACGAGGAGGAGCGCUUCCCCAAGGGUUGGACUCCUUUUGCGCGAAGCAUCAAUCUCACUGAGCUUGGCGCUGUUGGAGGUGUUAUUAGGUCUGAGUUCUCCAAGUCUUAG